AGGAAGCUUCAGAAGCCAGACUGAGCGACCCACAGCUCACUGGCUUCCAAACGGAUUUACCGCGUUCAUUUUAUUUUUCUCCGACCAACUUCAUGUGCCCUCCGCCCCAUCCUGCCUGGCUUUGCAGCCGGGCUUUUUUGUUCCGGACUUUUUUUUUUUGCUCCACCUUUCAGGUCGCUGUCCCUUUAUGUCUCUCGCUGACAUCAGACACCUGAUUUGAUCCGGUUAACUCCUGCGGGCUCGGAGCAUUGUGGCGAGUGCUUUGGGGGAUGCGAGGCUCAGCAUCUCCCUGAGGUUUCCGCACUUUCUCUUUUCAUCCCACUCUCUUUUGUUUCUUCUUCUGAUGCAUACGCUCUUUCUUUGAUCAUUCUGUUAUGCUACAACGUGUCUUUUGGUUCCAUCCUCUUCAUAUUUUUUUUUCUACCUUCUUCCUCUUGUUUUCCCUCCGGUGUCGGUCACUGUACCUUCCUCUUCCUCACUAUGCUCCAUUUCUCUACGCCCUUCUUUGCCCUACAUUUUCAUCUUUCUCUGCAGUUUCUCUUUUCGUCUUGCUCUCAUUAGUCUUACCUUUUCUUUUAGACAAUAUUUUCGAUUUUCAGAACCAAACUACAUCCUUUCUUUAAAAAAAAGUUUACUUUGAUAUAAUCCGGUGUUUGUUCUAUCGUGACCUGGAGUAGGAUUGGACUAAAGAACUAUGAACUAUGGCUGCAGGAAGCUGCCCUUUGAGUUUCACAUCAAGGUUUGAUUAAUUGGAUCAGCAGCUCCAAACCGAAGCGCAGAAUUUGAUGUUAUGUGGGGAUUUAUUGGGCCGCGGGAUGGCCUAAAUGUUAAGAAAAAUAAUGGAUGUAAUGCCUGUUUUUGGAAGCUUCCACCCUGUUCAAGUGUCCUCAAGCAACAUACUGAAUCCUCUCCACCCACAAGGACUGUAGCUCCCUGAAGUAAAUGAGAGCAAGAAACAAGGCCUUACAGGGAUCAUUGCAUAUCUCAUUGCACAUUGCUCACAGUCUCUUUGGGGGUUAAAGGUCAUGGCAUGAAUUUGACAGAUUGAUUUAUAAGACCUGGACCCCGAGCCACUUCCUCUAGUAAAGCUGUGACUGGCAGUCUUGGGAUCGGAAGCCUGGACUACUGCACCAGAUACUGAACUUUACAGUUGUGAUCUUCUCUCCGUUGUUAGCGUUUGUUUCUUUUCCUUGAGGAAGAUGGUCAGACUUCCAUAUUGGGAGCUGAGUCCGAUCUUCAUCUCUGUAGAGCGGACUGCUCUAUUCUUCACCUGCUGUGGGAAUACUUGCUGUGUCAUCUGAUUUUACACUACACGGGAUAUUUGACAUCCUCUGUUUUGCGCUUUUCAUACAACCCGAGGACGCUGUCUUUGUCAGAUCUUUUUUCCUUCUAUUGAGUUGUUAUCACGUGAGCUGACUAAAGGUCGAUAAAAGGCUAUUGUCACCCUUACAACCAAUGACAACCCAGCCACCGAUUUCAAACAUUCUUGUGGACACUUUUGGAUACCGCUCUUAAAAGUGUCCUCUGCCUUUUCAAAUUGAUUAACUAGGAGGUCUUCUUUCAUAGCUGUUGAAAGCCAGUCAGCAUCUGGUCCCAGACCUAUAGCUCUAUGCUGUUUUCGGGGCCCAGCAGGUUUGUCUGGGCCCUGUGGCCAGAUCUUGUACGGCCCCCCCAACAAAACACAUGGAGAUCAGCGGCUGCAUCCCUCUCUGCUGGAGCAAGGGGGCCUGCAUCUACGCACAGCACCCCCUACCAAAAUAUGGCGGCCAGUUAGCCCGCGCAGAAGGAUCUGAAUCAGGCAUGGCGUCGUCUUCCUUCUUGGAGCCCAACCUCAAUCACUCCACAGCUGGAGGUUGUGGGGUUAAAUCCCGUGCUGGGAUUCCUGUGGGUACCGCUGUUGGUACCAGUGGCUCUGCUGCUGGCCUUGAGCGACCCUCUGGUUCCAUGGACCGGGUCCUAAAGAUCUUCCAUUACUUUGAGACCAACAGCGAACCAUGCACAUGGGCUAGUAAUAUCAGGCAUGGAGAUGCUACAGAUGUCAGGGGUGUCAUCCAGAAGAUAGCAGAGAUCCACAAAUUGCGCUGUGUGUCCUCUCUGGGCCUCCGUCUGACCCAUCUGCACUCUGAUGCACUCCAUUGGUUACACCCUGAUUUGGGUGUGUGUCAUGUCCGAGAGAAAUAUGAGAAACAGCACCCCCAGGAGGAAUGGAGGUAUGAGUUGCGGAUGCGGUACCUUCCUAAAGGUUACCUCAGCCAUUUCUCUGAGGACAAACCCUCUCUUAACUACCUCUAUCACCAGGUAAAGAGUGACUACAUGCAACACAUAGCUGACCAGGUGGAUCAAGAAAUUGCUCUGAAACUGGGCUGUUUGGAAAUUAGGAGGUUCUUCAGAGAAAUGCCUGGCAACGCCCUUGAUAAGAAAUCCAAUUAUGAACUUUUAGAGAAAGACGUUGGUCUGAGAAGGUUCUUCCCCAAAAGCCUGCUGGACUCUCUCAAGGCGAAGACUCUCCGGAAGCAGAUUCAGCAAACCUUUAAGCAGUUUGCUAACCUCAACGAUGAGCAGAGCAUCCACAAGUUCUUUGAGAUACUGUCUCCCAUCUACCGCUUUGACAAGGAGUGCUUCAAAUGUGCUUUGGGGUCUAGUUGGAUCAUAUCAGUGGAGUUAGCUAUUGGACCAGAAGAAGGAAUCAGCUACCUCACAGAUAAGGGCUCAAUGCCGACACACUUGGCUAACUUUAACCAGGUUCAGACCAUCCAGUACUCUGCUUUGGAAGAGAAGGACAGGAAAGGCAUGUUGCAGCUCAACGUAGCAGGAGCUCCAGAGCCCCUCACUGUCACCACGGCAUUGCUGACUACGGCAGAAAACAUGGCUGACUUGAUUGACGGCUACUGUCGGCUCGUCUCCUCGGCUACUCACUCCUUCAUUGUCAGAGUCCACAAAGAGGGGGACAGAGCUCUGCCGUCCAUCCCCAAAGUAUCAAACCAUGAGAGGCGGAUGGAAAAACGGAUGGAAGGAGUAAGGACCAGAGCUGUUUGUGUCUCAGGUCACACUAGUGGCGAUGAAACGGACGACUAUGCUGAGAUCAUAGAUGAGGAGGACACCUAUACGAUGCCUUCAAAAUACUAUGGACUAGACCAAGCACGCGACUAUGAAAUUCAGCGAGAAUGCAUUGAAUUGGGACGCUGCAUUGGUGAGGGUCAGUUUGGAGACGUCCACCAAGGAGUCUACAUCAGCCCGGAGAACCCUGCUCUGUCCGUGGCAGUGAAGACGUGUAAGAAUUCGACGGCGGACAGUGUCAGGGAAAAGUUUCUCCAAGAAGCAUUAACCAUGCGUCAGUUUGACCAUCCGCACAUUGUGAAGCUGAUGGGCGUCAUCCCAGAUAAUCCAGUCUGGAUCAUCAUGGAGCUCUGCACGCUGGGAGAGUUAAGGUCCUUUCUCCAGGUGAGGAAGUACAGUCUAGACCUGGCCUCUCUCAUCCUGUACUCGUAUCAGCUCAGCACGGCACUGGCAUAUCUGGAGAGCAAGCGCUUUGUGCACAGGGACAUCGCCGCGCGGAACGUCUUGGUGUCUACAGUUGACUGUGUAAAACUUGGGGACUUUGGUUUGUCUCGAUAUAUGGAAGAUAGCUCGUAUUAUAAGGCAUCUAAAGGUAAACUGCCCAUUAAGUGGAUGGCUCCAGAGUCCAUUAACUUCAGGCGGUUUACCACAGCAAGCGACGUCUGGAUGUUUGGUGUCUGUAUGUGGGAGAUCCUAAUGUUCGGCAUCAAGCCUUUCCAGGGUGUGAAGAACAACGAUGUCAUCGGCAGGAUAGAGAACGGCGAGCGCCUGGCGAUGCCCCCUCAGUGCCCUCCUACUCUCUACAGCUUGAUGACAAAGUGUUGGUCGUAUGAUCCAAGCAAGAGGCCACGCUUCACCGAGCUGAAAACACAACUGAGCACUAUUUUAGAGGAGGAGAAGCAGCAGCAGAAGGAAAGGAGCAGGAUGGAGAUGAGGAGACAGGUCACUGUUUCAUGGGACUCUGGAGGGUCUGAUGAAGCGCCGCCAAAGGUGUGGUCCAGAGAAAGCUACUAUGAGAGACUGUGGAAGCCGAGUAGACCAGGCUAUCCCAGUCCUCGCUCCAGUGAAGGUUUUUAUCCCAGCCCCCAACAUCCUGGACACUACCAGAUGGCCGGGUACCCCGGCCCUCACACCCUCCCCUCGGUGCCCAGUGCCCUGUACCCCCCACAGGCUACGAUGCUGGACACACACCACGCGCACACGCACCCCCGCCACCACGUCCACUCGCACGCUCAGCACCUCCCACAUCCACAUGGGCACGACAUGGCACUAUGGGGCUCUGCGAUGGAGGACAGGGCAGUAGACAUGCAGCAGUGUGUAGGCCAGCAGUGCCUGGUAAUGGAGGAACAGCUGAUGAUACAACAACAGCAGAUGGAGGAGGACCAGAGGUGGCUGGAGCAGGAGGAGAGGCUUCUGAAACCAGACUCUAGAAGUUCCAGAGGGAGUCUGGACAGAGAAGACGGGGGACUCCAACCACCAACAGGAAACCAGCACAUAUACCAGCCCGUUGGAAAACCAGAGCAUGCAGCUCCCCCGAAGAAGCCCCCUCGACCGGGCGCCCAGGGCCAAGUGGGCAGUCUUACUUGUCUAAAUAGUGGUGACAGUUACAACGAGGGAGUCAAGCCCUGGAGGCUGCAGCCCCAAGAGAUAAGCCCGCCUCCCACCGCCAAUCUGGACCGCUCCAACGACAAGGUGUACGAGAACGUGACCGGAUUGGUCAAAGCUGUGAUCGAGAUGUCGAGCAAGAUUCAACCAGCUCCUCCGGAGGAAUACGUUCCCAUGGUCAAGGACGUGGGUCUGGCUUUGAGGACGCUAUUGGCCACAGUGGAUGAGACUCUACCACAACUUCCAGCCAGUACACACAGAGAGAUUGAGAUGGCACAGAAACUUCUGAACUCUGACUUGGCAGAACUGAUUGGGAAGAUGAAGUUAGCCCAACAAUAUGUGAUGACCAGUCUCCAGCAGGACUAUAAGAAGCAGAUGUUGACGGCGGCUCACGCGCUUGCAGUUGAUGCCAAAAACCUGCUGGACGUCAUCGAUCAAUCACGGCUUAAGAUGAUGUCCCAGUCCCGCCCACACUAGUCCAGCGUCAGCUGAGCUGACCAAUCAGAAAAUUCUUUUAUUUGGGAGACAUUGUCCCUUUGGUUACUGUUAGUGAUGGAGAAUCAGCACACGUGAGAGUUAUUGAAGCUGAAUGCUUUACAUCAGAGGAGGAAAACAACGACUCUGAUACUUUGACAACAGCCUGUGAAGAAUUAUUAGAUGUCAUGUCCUUUUGGAGCCGAGUACGUCUCUCCACCACUGUGACUUUCGUAAUACAAGAACGGAACAAAAACACUUCCUGAACCAAGGACCGGGCAGCUUCUCUAUCUUUGGACUGUAAUAUAAAGAUGAGACUAGGAAAGUCGAAAAGGAACCGUCGCCAUCGGGUGGAUUCGUCUUAUCGGAAUAGCACUCUUAAGCGACGCCAUCAGAGCCUGAUCACACUGCGACAUAUCUGUAUGAAACCUCCCUGUGGAAAUGGACUCGGACGUCAACCAGCAGCCAUCGUCAGUACAUUUCUUGGUAUCGUGUGUGUCGUGACUCCCGGAUGUGAACUGGACCUCAGCAUCUCCUUGGAUUCUUUUGAAUGGGCGGAUCAAACAACAGCUUUUUCAACAAGGAUAUUCACAGAAAAGACUGCAUCGGUUUGAAGAAAAAAGCCUUUUCCAUCCCGACCCGUUUUCCCCUCCGUCUCAGAAAUUGGAGAGGAGACGGAGGGAGAGACGAGCGUUGAGACUGGAGGACAGUCUAGCGUCUUGCCUGAAGGAAGCUUUCCUUGCCUUUUUUUUUUUUUUCACUUACUAUUUCACCCACUUUUCAUUCGCCUUUUGUUUUCGCAUUCUCUCCUUCGUAAAGUCUUCCUCAACUCCUCGCUGAGCCAGUUUUAAAGACUCCAAAUGUGAAGAAUCCGGCUCCGUCUGGGUGCACAGCGCAGACAAGAAGUUCCCUUCUCGUACUCCGUUUUAGUUAACCCGUUUAACGGCUAGCUCUGUUUUUUCUGUGUUGUUUCAGCAGUCGCAAUCUUCCUCCUGUUUACUGAACACUUAGGACAAGCAGAUAUUCUAUUCCAGCAUUGACUUUGAUGAGCCAAACAAAAAAAGAAAGGUGGGAUUUGAGGAUUUACUUAUUGUAACUGGGUAUUUCCUAUUCGUCCGAGAGGAAGAGAAGGACUUCAUGUCUCAGACUGGUCACUGAGCAUGACUGGACCUGUUUCCGUGAGGACAGGGUCAGCCUCCUUCCUUCCUCCUCACUGUCCUUAAUAGCGUCCAGUUGUUCCUAUUCAAGACAUGUCAUGCCUUUAACUGUCCCCUCAGCCACCUGUGUCACAAAGUGAAUUUACUGGGGACACAAACAAACCUCACAACUGGAACCUCUGUGCUUAGAAUCCCAGUUUUUUCAGGUGUAACUCUUUAACACUUUAAAUAUGUCUCUCCAACCAACAGUCCCCAGGGACACACACACACACAGAUGAAAGGUGGAGCCACAUUAAUGCAGCUUGUCUCCAGACACAAAACACUGAACUGAAAGUACAGCAGAUCACAUGUGUUAAUAGUGACCCCACAUGGAGUACACACUGCUAUAUGAAAUGUACUGGUGACUGUACUAGUAUAGCAUGAUAUACAGGUAUGGAGAAGAGCAUAUUUGCACAGCACCAAAAAACUAAAAUCAAACUCUUUUAACCCUGUUUAAUCCAGAUUUGAUUUCCAGGUUUUGACAGCAAUGAAACUAUCAAAUAUCUGGGUUUUAUAGGCAUUAAAAGAACAUGUAAAAAAACAAUCUAUUUUAUCUUGUCGUUGUGUAAAUCUGCUCAUGUUGGUAUAUUGUAAGCUAUACUGGUGUGAAUCACUGGUGAAUUGUACAGAAUUAGUACUAGUAAACACUGGUUUUUAUUUUGUCUUCUGGGCUCAAUCGGCCAUCUUGUCCAAAUGAGGAGGAAAAAAUGAAAUAAAAGUAAUAAGUGAAAUCAGG